AUGGCCGCCGUGCCCGCCACGGAGAGGCACUAUUCGGAUGAAGAGGACGCUGAGGCUCUGAUUGACGGCACAUCUGAGGUGAAGGAAAAUGAUGUGAAAGAGAAGAACAAUGCGGAGAAGUCGAAUGAUCCGCUUUGCUCCGAUGAGGAGGACAUUGAGGCGCUUUUCGGCGACGCAAUUGAUGAGGGCGAGCAGGAGGAAGAUUCUAAGGAUCUUUUUGAUGCGAAGGCGGCUUUUCCGGUCGACGGGGACAAGCUGGCUCGAAAGGGCGGCGAGGCUGAUGCUGACCAAAAGCUGAUCGCUGCCGGGACGCCCGCCAGAAAGGCCAGAAAAAUCUUGAAAUCACAAACGCCCAAGGGUGUUGUUAACAAGGAGGAUAUCCCGCUUGAAAUGAAUGUGUGUCAGCAAUGCGGAAUACGGAUAGCCAAAGGACGAAACCAGGCGCAAAACACGCUUUUCUUGGUGCAGCAUUCGAUGGCGCACCUCGACGUUCGCCCCUAUCAAUGCUCGAUCUGCGAUUUCGUGGCGGCUCGUCACAAGCUGAUUACUUUGCAUCGCAAACGACAGCACGAAGGCGAGGGCUCGCACAUUGACCACCGUACACCGGUGUACUACGCCAAGCUGAAGCUGAUGGUGAUGACCAAUUUCCCGUUGCAAAUGAAUGAGACCGAGCGGCAUGUCUCGAACCAGUUGAGCCAGUUCAGCGACAGCCUGUCGAUACAUAUGGAUGUUGAGCGGGAAGUUGAGAAGAAUCAGUGCCAGUUAUGCGGCAAGAAGAUCACGCUGCAAAAGGAUCCCUGCAUCAACACCAUCUGUAUAAUGCAACAUUCGAUGAUACACAUCGAUCACAAGCCGUUCAGCUGCCCGCAAUGCGGCAUAACGAGUCGCGCCAAAGACGAGGUCCGCAAACACCAAAUCCGUGUCCACGGCGAGGCCGAGGAGGUCGUUGACGGAAGAAGCGAAGUCUACUUCAAGGAUCUGCUCGACAUGUCCAAGGCCAAUUUCCCGCUCCAAAUCGAGGAGCUCGAGCGCUCCCGAAACAACGACGCGCUGAAGGAGUUCUACAAGGAGUUCGGGCUUGAAGAUGUCUCUCCUAUCAAGUCACCACCAGCUUCGACGAGCCGAGCCAGGGCCACGCCGAGCGUGUCGCCGGAAGAGUCAUUUCCGCACAAAGAAUCUAACCCGAUGGACCUUUUGCUGGCCGAUCUUCAUGAAAGCGCGAAAAAGGCGGAUUCAGCCAACAAGCCCUCUCGUUCGGGCCAAAGUGCGGCUGAUACCUCGGCGGCGUCCAUCGAAGCGAUAAAUCGUUUGAAGCGGAUGCUCGAAGACACGGAAGACGGGCACCAGGCCCCAGGCGACGAGCAGCAGGAGCACGUCGAUGAUCUGAUGGCCCUUUUCGGCCACCGACCGGCCAGCAACGAUACCGCCGAA